AUGUUCGUAGCCAUUCUAGGAGCGGCCUUGGGCCUCGCCACCCGCCUUCUUGCACAAGAAGCUGCGUGCUACGCGCCGAACGGUGACUUGGCCGACAACCAAACAUAUGUCCCAUGCAACAAGCUCGGCAUCAACCAGGCUGGCGUCUUCUCAAGCUGCUGCGCUUUGGACGGCCCGCCCGAACAGCGAGACAUUUGCUCAACCUCCGGCCUAUGUAUCAAUCGCCAAGGUCAGCCGCAACGGGGUUACUGCACGGAUAGGACGUGGAAAAGCAAGGCUUGCAACCAUGUCUGUACAAGUGUCGAGACUGGCGGCAGUCCUGACGGAGUCAGCUUCAUGACCGCCUGCAAUGAUGGAACAGCAAAGUACUGCUGCGGCAGAUCGAACACCACCUGUUGUGGAACGAAGGAAGCAUUUUCGAUAUCACCGCAGGAGUCAGUGUGCACUGCGAAUUCGACGAACUCCGACGACGCCACACCCGAGGAAUCGUCCGCGUUUAAGGGCGCGACCAUCGGCCUCGCCAUCGCCACCGGUAUCGCCGUCCUGGCGGGCCUUCUCUCGACGAUAUGGCUAUUGAGGCAGAACAAGAAACUCAAGAAAGAAUUGGCCGAGAAGACAGAGGUGACAAGCCAGCGGAUAGAACCGCAAGUCACCGGGGCCACGAGCUCGUACGCCGGGACCUCACCGCCGCAGACCUACAAGUCGCAUUACGGCCCGUCCCCGCAACCAACCAUGUCGCCCAACUCGGAGUACCAUCAAUCAAACGUCCACAGAUACUCGGAGUUAGAUGCUUCGGUCGCCAUCGCCAGAAGCGAGAUGGGAUCGCCGUCUCCGUAUGACCAGCAGCAACAGCAGGGCCGAGACUCACCGCCCCCCGGGCAUGAUAGUAGACACGCAAGCUAUAGUAGUCCGCUACACUCACCUGGUCUGCCGCAUUCAUGA